GCCAUCGCCGUCGGCCGCACCGAUUGUUUGCGCAAAUUGCACGAACCACAGCGACUGAUCGAAACCCGGUGUCAAUCGUAUGCUCUGUUGCGCAUGAGCUCGUCUCAGCGUUGCUUUGCUGAAUAUUCAGAUCGUGUAGUGAAAAACUCACGGCUAUUUUUAGGUUUGAUGUUUCUUCAGAUCGCUGUUAUUACAUGAAGUUUGACGGCGAUAAGAUCGUGACUUUUUGUCAGUUUAUAUUCACAUGUUCAGUGUGUGUGUUUGUGUGUGUGUUAAGGUUUUGUUGCUCAAUAAUUGAGUAUCAUCCUGUUUAUAUAUUGCAUAAUGACUGUGAAUUUGUUUUGCUAGAACACAACAAUCAACUCAGUGUUUAAAUUAUCAAUACGUAUUGUCAAAACAGAGAAAGUAGUGAAUUUCAAUGUUUAAGUUUCACCCUUGUGUUAACAUUUAUUGACACUUGAUUUCGUAACUAUUGUUUGUGAAUACAUUCGUGACUUAUUACAACUUACUUCAUUGCGUAUCUGUGGUCUGCAUAAAAUAAAACACGGGUGUGAGUGCCAGUACCUUGGCUUAUAUGUACGAUUCAUUAAUAGAUACUUGUAUACAAGCAAGUGUUGGACGUUUUAAAUGUAUUCGGCACUGGUUUAUUGACGCGUGUAUAAAUUUUAUUGGGGUCGAAUCUGUAUUGUCAAGGUUACCGGGGCAGGCUGGAUGGAUACAAGUCGGAGCAGAGGCGUAUAAUGCGCACAUAACGAGCGAAGCGACGUUUACUGUAAAUAAAUAAUGACCUAAUUGACGUAUGUAGCAUAUUUGCUAUUUUUGAAUGUGACAUGUACCUUCGUUUAAAUUGAUUCUAAGAUUGAUAAACAUAUUAAACAAUUUCUUUAUAGUAAAAUAUAGUAAAAUCAAAAGAACCGUGCCUACUUUCGACGAUUUCUACAGGGCCGCCUUUUCUCUCGGCCAUCUAACAUCUGGUUUGUAGAAAUCUCCGAUUGCAAUGGAAAUGUCCCGACAGUGUGACCCUUACUAGACGUGUGCUGCACGAAACAAACACGAAUGCUAAGAAUUAAUUUAUAUAUCCUAUAAUAUUUUGUAUAUAAUUAUGGCUUACUGAUAGCAAUAAAUUAUAAAAUGCCUCAUUACGACGAAAGUUUUAUACAUGAUGACAAUCAAAAUCAGCGCAGAAAUAAACGCAGCUAUCGUGUUUAUAAAAAUGGGUUAAAUACCAAGAGUGGAUUAGAAUCCAGUGAAGUUUUACAAACUCUAGAAGACAGAGAUACUUCGGUUAUUAAACGAAAUGUAAAAAACAUCAAGCAUCGGAAUAAAUGGGAUUCUUCAGGUUUAACUGCACAAAAAGCUACAAAAUAUAAGACUCCAGAUAUAAUUGUGGAUCAUUGUCCUCGAAUUACUGUGUUUAAUUCUAACGAGUGUUGUGACAUAAGAAAUAAUAAUGUAGUAUCUCUGCCCUCUUGUAAAAGUUUUGAUAAUUUGACAUUAAAGCAACAUAGCAGAAAUGACUUGUUUGUAGACAAAAUAAAAAAUGGCGUUAGUCUCCAAAAUUUAUUUGGCGAUGGGCAACUUAAAUAUUACGCCUCCCCUUCGGAAGAAUAUUUAUCAGUACCUCGCAAAGAUGAUGCAAAGAAUUCUUACUCUAUCAUCGAGGCUUAUCGUAGGCCAAUGCAACGUCGUAUUUCAAGACCAGCUCCUGCGCCAGGAUUUGGAGUGUAUCGACAGAUCAGCAGUGAAGGAAUCACCAGAAAAGAGAGCGACGCCUGUGGGGAGCCGGGCUCGGGGCACCGAGGUUCUUUGCGCGGCGCCAACAAACUGGCACGGCGCGCGCGAUCGUUCAAGGACGACCUGCUCGAACGCAUCUCAAACAUGCGCUCCCCUGCGCAGCAGCACCAUCCGCCGCAUCUCUCGUCCGCUAUCAGAUCACAUUCCCCGCACAGUCCGAAACUUCGGAACAUGGGAACGAAACCCGUUACGGCUGAGGAGGGGGAAGUCACGCCUGCCAAAGAACUGGAACGGCUAGUCAAAGAGGUUACGUUUGGUUUGAAACACUUUUCGGAUGUUAUUACGAAGAGGAAACUGGAAAUGCUUCCCGACAAUGGCACCAUUGUUUUCGAAUCAAUUGCAAAUAUACACAAAGCAAUAAAACCAUAUAGCAGUCGGUCACCGACUUUAACGAGCGCUGUGAAUAGGCUGUGCACAGCAUUGGCCAUGUUGCUACGGUUGUGCGAUGAAAUCACAGCGGUGAGCUUUCGAGCGGACGAUGCGAAAGAGGAAUUGGAUACCUCUGCGCCAGCUCUCUCUCCCGACCACGUCAGUUCAGUAGUAAAAUCUGUCACCACUGCUGUAGAAGAAGUAGCGGCGCUCGCCCAACAACAUAUGACCCGGCCCGCACUCUCCCCCCGGCCGGCUCUCGUCUCGCCACGUUCGUCAACACAACGAAACUCAUUACCAGAUAUCCCUCUGACGCCUAAGGAGCGUUCAUUGCUAACUGGAGAAGGAGCAUCGGAGCCAAGUGGUGUACGCGCUUCUCACUCUUCCGAGUCCGUACUAGACGCACCUGACUCGCCGCCGCCAAAGCCCGCUCGGCCCAUCCGGAAAAUCGAGUUGGCCCCACCUCUACCGCCCAAGCGUAAAUCUGCAAAUGACAAUUCUCUUCUAGCGUUGUCCAUUGAUAGGUUGUCCCUCCAAUCACAUAGCAGCGGGUCUUUAGAUUCCAUGCUAAAUGUGUCCAACGAUGAAGAGCGUAAUGUGCAUGACGCCAAUAAUCACGACAAUGUGUUCACUACGACCAAUGAUAUUGUUGGGUUGUGCAGUUGUAAUAGUUCGGGCGAGGUGCGUACGUCCCUCGAAUCAGCCGAGUCACACCUCAGUACAGCGCACAUGCAUUCACACACCAACCAUAAUCGCUUUUCAAACGAGUCCGGGUUUGUCUCCGUGGGUCACGCGGAGAUCGCUACAGAACAAAAUUUCACGUCAUCGUUCUCUACUCAUCACUACUCAACUCAUUCUGAUAGUCAUUUUGACAGUACAGACUGUAUGAGCGAAGUGAAGUGCACACGACAAAGCUUUGAGAGCCGCAUGAAUAUUAUGAAUAUGAACAGUGUUACCACGCACUAUUCUUCUAAAUUGGCAAGCAUAACGUCAGACGAGAACGAGACGCCGCCUGAGCUGCCGGCCAAGAAGACGCGGCGCAUUAAUCGCGCCGACGUUCAGCAACACUUCCCUAAUGUCGAAAUCAGACAAAGUCCAGUUUGUACAGUGCACGGCGAAGCGCGGCCUCACACUCUCGCAGAUCACAACCCGCCGCGGCCGCCACCGCUGCCUCUCAAGAAAAAGCACAUGUUCCAAAGCGUCGCAUACAGCGUAAUGGCGUAUAUGGAGAUGUUCGGAAACUGUAGUCAUCCACCGAACAAUGCGGCAGCACCUCCUGAUCUGGUCCGGCACUCUAUUCACACAUAUACAUUAGGCUGUGGCCAACACAUGAGUGCGGGCGCUAUUACGGUGCAGCGUCAUCAACAGGUUCAGCGUUCGAUCGCGCAGUCAUUCACAGUUCAGCACUUUGGCACCCCACCUCUCAGCGGAUCAGAUGAGAAUAUGAUAGCAUGGUCGGGAGCUAGCUCCAUUCCACUAGAACCACCUGCUUUGCCGCCUAAAAUUAACAAAAAUAAACAGUUACAAGUAAGCUCAAGCAAUGAACUUUUACCUCCAUCGUCGCCGCGACCGUCUUCACAUAACAGUUCGGCUGAUGAAUCGAUCUUAAAUAAUUUGAAUUCGGAUGAAUCCUAUGUGAGUACAUCUACUCCAGCAAAAUUCCCAGUGGAACAUGAACCAGAGCUUUUACAACCGCCAGCUCCAUCUCCUGUACCCUCACAGAAAAGUGAAAGCAGUAUAGAUCCCCCAGCGGCGACAACAGAACAAAGUAGCAGUCCAGCACCUACAGAUCCGGAAGAUAUUAUAUUACAAACUGAUAUUAGUUCUUGGUUGCUUCUCAAGACGCCUGCUAAAGACGGUCCGGAGGUCCGAGGCGGGCAUCCCGACGCACUCAUAGUGCUUGCCACUAAAGCUACCAAAGAAACGGACGAGUACUUCGCGUACCAGGAGGCGUUCCUGGCGACGUACCGUACGUGGGUGUCGCCGAGCGGACUGGUGGCGAGGCUGGUGCGGCGGGCGCGGCACACGCGGCCGCGGCCGCACGACCUACGCUCCACGCUCGGCCUGCUCACCAGGGUCGUCGCGGAUCUCACGAUGACUGAUCUAGAUCGUCCACUAAUGCAAGAGAUAAUGGAGUUCAUUUAUUGGCUAGUCGAUGUUGAGGAGUUGCCUAUUGCAAAAGCCUUACGACAGAUACUAGUCGACAAACAAAAACAGUUGCAUUUCCAACAGACCAACAAUAGAUAUGAAUACGACACACCAUGCUACGGCAGCGUAUCCCUCCGGCGAGACACUCUGCUGGACUUCAAAGCGACUGAACUCGCAGAGCAAAUGACGUUACUGGAUGCUGCUCUCUUCGUUCGUAUCACUACCGCUGAAGUGCUCUCGUGGCCUCGGGACCAGUCGGAGGAGAGCUCGCCUAACCUUACCAGGUUCACGGAGCAUUUCAACAAAAUGAGUUAUUGGGCCCGUUCCAGAAUAUUGGAACAGGACGAGGCCCGUGAACGGGAGAAGUAUGCGAGCAAAUUCCUGAAAGUAAUGAAGGCGCUCCGCAAAAUGAACAACUUCAACUCGUAUCUAGCUCUGGUGUCGGCGUUGGAUUCUCCGCCGGUACGGCGGUUGGGCUGGCCUCGGGCGAUAGUAGAUACGUUGCACGACCACUGCGCGAUUAUCGACUCCUCCUCGUCCUUCCGCGCUUACCGGCAGGCUCUUGCUGAGACACAGCCGCCGUGCAUACCUUAUAUUGGUCUAGUCCUUCAAGAUCUGACAUUUGUUCACAUUGGGAACCCCGAUCUGCUUCCAGACGGUAGCAUUAAUUUCACCAAAAGAUGGCAGCAGUAUCACAUAAUGGAAAAUAUGAAGAGGUUCCACAAAGACAGACAGUACAAGUUUAAGAAGAAUGAACGCAUACAAGCUAUGUUUAAUGAGUUUGACGAUGUGCUAAGCGAAGAAGCGAUGUGGCAAAUCUCGGAAAUUCUAAAGCCACGAGGAGGGCGAACUCGCACUACCGCUCCGCCACCCGCUCCACCACCUGCUGCCGCGACCGCUGCCGCACCCGCGCCUGCCCCUGCGCCCGCUCAGACUGCCGCUUAAAGCUUGCAUAGCGUAUCUGCAAAUUAAUGGCAGGUAUAUGCAUCCAAAGAGAAUGAGGUAUGUAUAGUUAGAAAGAAAACUUGGAUCAGGAAUUGUAUAACUUAAAGGAAAUGUGAUUUCUGUCCUAAAAAGGCCUAAUUAAUUUUAGUGUAUUUAUUCGUAAAUGUGCGAUUUUUCAUCUGUGAUCGGUUGGCGAGUACGAUGCGAGGCCAAAUGUGACGGCGCUGACGGUAUCAGUACCGCCUAUAUUCGCUUACAGUUUCAUCGCUUCUUAUAUAAAACGAUUAUAAUAUUUACAUACAGAAUACGAAAGCCAAAUGUCUUUAUCAGUAUUUGAAUCGAGUUACUGUUAUCUUUUACAUAUCAGUAUGUGACUUGCAUAGUGUACUAAAGAAACGAGUGGCGCCUUGGUGUUUAGGUAAUGUCCUUGAUAAUUCUUCUUGUUGUCGUAUUUGCCAUUGAUGUCAGUAUGUAUACAUAACUAAGUCGGCUUCGAAAGUGAACGCUUUUCAUUACAUCGAAUUAGAUGAAUUUUGGAUUCGUAGUUAUGGUAGUCAUACUACUGUUUGAUUAUAGUAACUUAGUCCGUCUUUAGAAAUUGUAAUGUUCAUGUCAGUCCUAAUUUCGGUUACAUAUUUUACUAUGGCAAAUAUUAAGCAAAUCAAGGUAUCGCGGAACACGUAUAUGAAAUGGGACAGUUUUUGCAUUCAAUAGUCAUUCAAUUAUGUCAGAGACAUUAUUAUGGAUCAUUAAAUGGGGCUUCCAUAGUUUUAAAUAAAUGAAAAGUUAUGCGAGUUACCCAUAAAUGUGACAUAAGCAAAAUCCAUGUGAAAUAUUUUUUAUAAAACAUUGCUUUACACGAAUCCUGCGUACAAUACAACAGAUACAUAUCAUUAAAUGAGUGUGCCAAAUGUCGAACUUAUCUAAAAUGUCCCAUUUCCAUAUAACUAUUCGGUCUUUGAUAUUAAACGCAUUGAUUAUGCUUAUUGCGUUAUUAAUAAUGUUAUUAAUAAUAAAAUUAGGGAAGGGGCAUCGUUACGAAUUUAAGCCAGGCUAUCAUAUUACACAUAAGAUGGAUCGCAACUCAAAAACUCAAGUUACGUAUAGAUGUCCCCUUUUAAAAUUGUUGUCAAUGGGUAAUUAUCUUGAGACCCAUGUAUUCUAUUUUUAAUACUAUAAAGGUGCGAUACGUUGGCGUUUCUUGUUAGUGACUGCCAUUUAAAUCGCAGUGUAAUUACAGUUAAUGCGAUAUUUUUGUGCAUGAUCUUAAAGUGUUGAAAUUCAAUGCAUAUUAUUAUUUUUGAUAUUCAGAAAUUAUAUUUUUCCUAUAGGUUGCUACCUUCAAGGAAGCAAACGUUUUAUGAUUAAACAUACUUUUGAGAUCUAUACAUACUUGUUUAUAUUAAUCGUCACGGUUCGUGUCAUUUUACUCUAAGCUUUAAGAACAGUGGGCUCUGAAGCCGUAGCUAGGUAUUGUAUAAAAGCUGAAUCAUGUUGAAGUUCACUUGAUUCCGUAGUCUCAAAUUUCAUGUCAAAAUGUUUAAAAGUAUAUAUUAUAGGAGAAGUUUAAACAAAUAGUAUAAUCAGCAUUUAAUUUGCCUUAAGACGAUCAAGUCUUUAAUGAAAUAGCAAUAAAUUUUUAAUUGUUGGUAGAAUCGCUGCACAAUUUGUGAUACUGUUCAUGUAGCGUGGCGCUUAAGUCCUGGCCACGUGGGCUAUUAUGUACACGUGCGUUUACAAACUAUAAACGGCAGAUAUUCUCCGUCUAUUAUUAUUAUUACAUCAGUAAUUAGCGUACAUGUGGCUAGGACUUUCCUACUCAGUCUUAUUGACGUCCUCUAUGCGUACGCGUAGGCAAAUUAUAUUAGGCGAAUGUUAGCAGUAAGCGUAAUUAAACCCCAUUAUUAUAACUAUCUGUUAAGACCCGUAUUACACGUAGGGUAAAUGUAUAUGCCACGUAAUGUAACUUCAUCGUACCAAAAUUAAUUAUAUGCCGUCUUUAAAUGCUAAGAAUAUGAUCAAGUGAUUCGUUAUUAUAGUUAUACCGACAGUGUAAUACCGGUCUGUAAUCAUAUUAAUACCAUAUUCUGCAUCGAUCUGGUAGUUUGUGUGUCGUCGAAAAGGAACAGUAAAGUUCCAUGCAAUAAAUAAAUUAGACCAAUAUUUAGAAUGUUUUACUACAGUGCUUUAUUGAAAUUAUGUGCUGAUAUUUGUGUAUAAAUAAUUUGAUUGCUAGUUAAGUUGGUAGGGUUACCAUUUUUGUUGUCAGGUAUUAAAUAUUAUUUAUUUAGAGUACCUAUUGUAAACUUGUAUAAUGGUUUGAUAUAAUAAUUAUUAAUUGAUAUUAAAGACUGCCUAAAUUAAUUAUUCAGUAUAAUUGACGUGUAAAUUAGCGAAAUAAAAUUGUUUAAAUGUCCCAUUAUUUCUCACUCCAUAGUUUGUUAGAUACAACAUAGUAAAAUCUCCCGUUGCAGAUUUUAUAUUAAUUAAUAAUAUCACAGUGUCGAUAUUUAUUAUAUUAAUUAGAAUUUAUUCACAUUAGUGAACAACGUAUAUAUAUUUCUUUGUUGUAUUAGCGAGUUCAGUAUUAUGUUAAUGAAUGCCAUACUGUAUGAAAUGAAAAAUAAUAUUUUAUUGGUUAUUCAGGGAAACAAACUAUUUUACAUUUUAUAUU